AUGAAUCUGGUCACCUGGCUGCAAUUGUUCCUGUUUGUAAAUGUCGUGUUCGCUCGAUCUGAAAUCACGCUAAUCUCUGAUACCGGCGAUUCACCCGUUCUGAUUGGUCAGUCGGUAACUCUGCGGUGCACAGUCAGCUCGCGAUUCGCCCAUCAAACCAAUCUUUCCAUUAUCUUCCUCCAAAAUGGCACAAUGAAGGCUGAGAACUGCAAGGCCUACAACACUGAACGAUAUGAGGUCACCUGUGAAGCAGAGGGCAGUACUAUUAACAGUUCCACUCAAACAUACCUCUUCCACAUUAAAUCUGUCAGCUGGAUGGAUCGGGGCAAGUGGACGUGCCUUCUCUCUGGAUCCAGUUCGGAUAUUUUCCUCGAAGUUCAUGUUCCACCGAAGAUGUUGCCAAUCCAGGUGUCUCGUAUCACUCUCCCCUCUUCUGGGGGACUCUCGUCUACUCGUAGCUCUGAUCCACAAACAAACAAUGCUGGCGGUGUUGGUGUUGAUCUCGCCUCGCAUCCACCUCAAAUCUACGGCCUAGGUACUCGCACCAAUCCCUACGAUCUGCGCUCUGGAGUGGAGCUGCAUCUCAUCUGCCAAACCGAUUGCGGUUAUCCUCGGGCUCUGCCAGAGUGGACGGUCAAUAAUAUGAGUGAAUCUCAGCCACGCAAACUCGAGCCCAGGCGAAAUGUGAUCACUCAGGCCUGUGAUGGGAAAAUUGAAACUCGCAACAUGUCCACCUCGAUGGUGACGCUAAAGGUGCACUGCGAGACCUUCCAUUUGACAGGUAUCAACAAACUUCGAUGUGCCAUUGGGGAUUCAAAUGAUGUUGCCGCGUCUAAACACAUCUACAUUCUUUGUCCAGGAGGUGAGAUACCAAUGACUCUGACGAGUGGCGAAAUGAUCGGACUAGGCGUGGCCGCCAUCGCGUUGUUCGCCCUCUUCGUCACGGGCUGUGUUCUUCUCCGAGGGCGGUCUAAAGAGAGUGCUAUUAUUUCAAGUGGUCACACUCGUGCAGAACUCGUAUAA